GGUGGGGCCCAGUGGAACAAGUUAGAAGAGUUCGUUGAAAUGAAAGUGGAGAAUGGAGAUCGGAGAAGAACAGAUUCCUUUCUUUCUUUCUGCAGUUUCCAACAACCCAAACUGGCUUCCAUCAUCAAUUAUCUUCCUCACGAUGUUGCCAUCAAAAUCGCUUCUCUCCUUCAGGUUCGAGAUUUGUGUGCCUUGAGUUGUUGUUCCACUUUCUGGAGGGAACUCUGUGUCUCCGAUUCCAUUUGGGAGUCUCUUGUCAGAAAAAGAUGGCCUUUACUCACUUCCUUCGAUUUCCCUUCUUCAUCGUCAUCUUCCACUUCCUCUUCCUCUUCCGCUAAUUCCCCCAAUUUUAAGAAGUGGAGGAAAUUGUACUUAAAGAGGCAUGUGGAGUUGGGAGUUAGGGCAAGGUCUGUGGAGAAGUUUGUGGAAGCUUGUUCCCGUUCUGAAUCACUUGAAGUUAGGGACUAUCUCAAUGCUGUUGAAACCUUGAUUGCCACAAGGUUUGGUUUUGAAGAUGUCCAGAGGUUCCUCUUCAACCCUAAAGUCAACGUCUUGCUUAACUUGAUUGGUGUCCACUAUUGUCUCACAUGUCUUGGGAUUCAGGGCGAUGAACUCGUAGAAUCGCUUCGGGCUAGUGAGAUAUCUGAUCGGCAUGUAUGCAUCAAGUGGUGGAAAGUUGGGAGAUGGAUCUAUGGCUUCCGCAGGAGGGACGAGUCGCAUUCUCGUUGGGUUUCUUUGGCAUAUUUAGCAACAGAAGAUGAUGAACAUGUUCUGGGGGUACUUCGCCGAGGUACCAUUCAUGAGGUUGUGCGUGUUCAGAUCUCUGCUGUUGGUCACACAUCAACACCUUGGUCCUAUAAGACUGAUCAACUAUAAGUAUAUAUAUAAUUUAUAUAGCUCAGUUUUAGUAUGUGUAUAAUGUGGUAAUAAUACGUGUGUAUCACUAUCACUACUAUGAUGUCAUUAAAUACAAGAAAAUAAGACAAGUUCAGAUUACUUUUAAAAUCAAUCAGAUUAAAAAUAUGCAUAAAUUCCAUUCUUGUAAAUGUAAUAGAUGAAUUCGUGGAGGACAAUUAUACCAUGCAUUGAACUCCAAUGUUGUUAUUUAAGUUGUCACAAUCAAGCACAUAGAAUGCUUUUCUUCUCCAUGUUUUAAUUCUUAGACCCCAGAGGAAGCUCUUUGUGAUGUUGAGUCUUAGGCAGAUUUCGUAGCUUUCUUGUCCUAUGUACUCAUAACUUCAUUGGACGUUUCAUUUCAAUGAUUUUCAAGUCAUAAAGAGACCGCAACAUGCUUUGUGUAAUUUUACACCUUAAAAUUUACACUCUGUUUUUAUGUCCAAUUUUCAUACUCUACUCUACAUUGCCCCUGAUGUUAUCAGAGUGCCAUGCUGUGAAAUGAAUCAUGAUACUUGUAAGAAUGGUUGCAAAAUUAAAGUACACAUCAAAAUCAUCAAUUAAUCAUAUAAAACAUUUCCAUGUUGAUUAUAACUGGUUUAUUUUGUGGGUGCAGAAUAAUUAAUUACAAACCAUUUAAUGCAUGAAUAAACCACCAAGACAACCACUACUACUACUACUACCCAUUUACAUAUAAUCAAACACCAUUGCCCUGAAACCAACAAACAUUCACAAACAGAAAAAGUCAUUCACAAACUGUACUAAUUACAGUACUUAACAACACACUCAGACUAACUUUGUCAACAUUAAUGAAACUAUGAACCAUUUGUCUACUUGGGAACCCUGCUGUGAAGGGUGAAAGCUGAAAGGAAGAUGAGUAACACAACAACAAUGCUGCCAAACAAGCCCACAGCAAGGGAUCCAGCAACAUGCUUACAGAAAGUGUCAUAUGCACUGCAAAUUUUAUUCCAAUGGACAUGGCUGUUUCCCUUUAAACCUAUGUAUGCAACACCUGCACCUGCUCCUGUUGCUGAUGCUAUUAUCCCCAGUAUCAGCUGCACCACACCAUAACAAAUAACACUCAUGGGUUAUUACUUAUUUAUCUCUUGAAAUGCUAGCUAGCUUAUAAGGUGAAAAUAUGAUUAAUUUAUUAAUUGUUACCGCAUCCCAGAAGAGAAAAUGAAGGAGAAACUUGGUUUUUUGAUGUGGUCUCUGGAUCACAGAGAGUGAUGCUAGCGUGGUGAUGAUGCUGUAAAACCCAGAAA